CCUCCCCUCUCACAUUGCUUGACAUUUAAGAAUACAUCCCCCCUUCAUUGACUUGUAUUUCAACCGAAGUACGCAUCACUUCCUUCUGUACUCCAGCAAGCUUGCUGUAUCCCUUGCGCAGAUAAACAGACACCAUGCCUCAUUCAUUCCCAUUCCUUUCUACGGAGCAGAAGAAGGAGCUCAGUGAUAUUGCUCAGAAGAUUGUUGCUCCAGGCAAGGGAAUCCUUGCUGCUGAUGAGUCCACAGGUAGCGUGGCCAAGCGCUUCCAGAGCAUCAACACAGAGAACACAGAGGAGAAUCGCCGCUUGUACCGCCAGCUCCUGUUCACGGCCGACAAAAUUGAGCCAUGCAUCGGCGGAGUCAUCUUCUUCCAUGAGACCCUUUACCAGAAGACCGAUGAUGGCAAGCUGUUCCCUGAGCUCAUCAAGGAGAGGGGCAUGGUGGUGGGCAUCAAGGUGGACAAGGGUGUCGUUCCCCUGGCCGGGACCAACGGAGAGACCACCACUCAGGGUCUUGAUGGGCUGUAUGAGCGUUGUGCCCAGUACAAGAAGGAUGGUGCUGACUUCGCCAAGUGGCGCUGUGUGCUGAAGAUCACUGACACCACCCCAUCCGAGCUGGCUAUCAAGGAGAAUGCCAAUGUCCUGGCCCGCUAUGCCAGCAUCUGCCAGAUGCAUGGCAUUGUGCCCAUUGUGGAACCUGAGAUCCUGCCCGACGGAGACCAUGACUUGAAGCGCUGCCAGUAUGUCACGGAGAAGGUUCUUGCUGCAGUAUACAAGGCUUUGUCUGACCACCAUGUGUAUCUGGAGGGCACCCUGCUGAAGCCAAACAUGGUCACCGCCGGUCACUCCUGCCCCCAGAAGUUCAGCAACCAGGAGAUCGCCAUGUCAACGGUCACUGCUCUGCGCCGCACUGUGCCCCCCGCCGUGCCCGGCAUCACAUUCCUGUCCGGAGGCCAGUCUGAGGAAGAGGCGUCCAUUAACCUGAAUGCCAUGAACCAGUGUCCCCUUCACCGGCCCUGGGCAAUCACCUUCUCCUACGGCCGUGCCCUGCAGGCAUCCGCCCUCAAGGCCUGGGGGGGCAAGCCCGAGAAUGGCAAGGCUUGCCAGGAUGAGUUCAUCAAGAGAGCCUUGAACAACAGCAAGGCCUGCCAGGGCAAGUACGUUUCCACUGGGGACAAGGGCGCAGCUGGUGGAGAGUCCCUCUUUGUGGCCAACCAUUCCUAUUAAGUGUGGACCAACCCCCUUUCGGCACUCCCACAUUCCCCUGCACUGUCCACUCCGCUGAUGUGCUUUCUUGCCAUCCACACGGUCCGCUCAGUCUGUACGGUUCUGGACAUUCACACUGCCCAUUAAGCAGAUACGGUUCAGGCACUGUAUUCCUGAAACUAUUUUCCUGUAGUGUUUUUAUUUUUUAUUUUUACUUUGUGAUGACUUGUGAUGUCACUGUUAUCUUGUGUGAUUUGUCACUUUUUAUUUUAACACCCUAAGCGAUGUUGUCGGGCCCAAGUCCCUCCUUGUUCGCUUCUGAGCUCCACCCCUUUGUCCCCGCCUCCCUGUCCUUACAAGCUUCUUCCUCAGAUUAUCCCUUGUGAUUCGGUGUUGUCAUCUUGAUGAUUCCUUAGUACAUGUGCCUUCUUCUGAAAUAACCAUUUGAGGAAGACCUUGUAGAGUAUAUUAUUAAUGUAUGGUAUUCUAUACACUGGAAACCAAAAUAAAGCAUCAUAUUGACUAACUGCA